ACAACAACACACAUCAACAGAAAAAUGCAGCCACAGAUUUCAGAUCAAAUAUUAUAUUCUUUCCUUACCGGAGGAUUUUCUGCCUCGUCAAGCACCACAACCACCACAACGUCGCCGUUUUACCCUUUUGCCAUCGAAGAAGACACGAUUUCUCAAGACAGAGCUCUUGCUGCUCUGAGGAACCAUAAAGAAGCCGAGCGAAGGAGAAGGGAGAGAAUCAAUUCCCAUCUCAAUAAUCUCCGGAACUUACUCUCUUGUAAAUCCAAGACAGACAAAGCCACACUUCUUGCAAAAGUGGUUCAACGAGUCAAAGAGCUAAAACAACAAACCCUAGAAAUCUCUAACGAAACCUUACCGUCGGAGACAGACGAAAUCAACGUUGAAGAUUGUUCCAACGACGACGGUCGGAUAAUCUUUAAGAUAUCGUUUUGCUGCGAGGACAGGCCAGAGCUCUUGCAAGAUGUAGUGAAGAUACUCAAAUCUCUUCAGAUGGAAACAGUCUAUGCCGAGAUAACGACAAUCGGUGGUCGGACAAGAAACGAUCUCGUUGUGGUCGCCGACAUAGAGCAACACGGUGUCGAGUCGGUGAAAUAUCUACAAAACGCACUCAAGUCUUUGCUCGAACGGUCAAGCCAGUCGGUGGUGAUGCGACGUGGUGGUGGUGGGGUAGAGAGGUCAAAACGACGUCGUGGGGUUGAUCACAUCAUAAUGGUGUGA